UGGUUGCGGAGCUGGCCGGGUGAGACUUUUUCCCUGGGCUCGCCAAAGGCUGGCGGGAAAGAAACCUGCGCGCCAGAGUCGCGGGACGUUCUCGGCGAAGGAAACAACACGCCCGGCCGGCUGGGUCAAAAGCAGUCAAGAGGGCGCCGCUGGCAAUGGCGGCUCGAAAUAGGAACAGCUCGGUCGGUUGUCCUUAGCCGAGAAGCGGACUUCCAACUGUGUGUGUUUGUGUGUCUUGUGGGGGGGACAGCCGGACUGACGCUGGGGUCGCCGACUUUCCACACCGGCGCUCGAGCUGAGUCCCCGGGCGUUGCUCUGCUGCCUGCCUCCCUUCCUUCCUCCCUUCCCCGGAACUGUGGCCAAGACCGCCUGGGACCGCUGAAGGUGCGUGGCAGAUAGCAGGGCUGGCCGGGCCAUGGAGGCGCCGGCGGAGAACCCGAGCAAGGCAGCGGAGUAUCUCAAGGAACUCAACAAGAUCAUUGAGACGCAGCAGGAGCUGCUGGAGAAGCAAAAGCUCCGGAUAGACGAGCUCGAGCAGCAAGUGGCCAAGCUGUACCACGAGAACGCCCGGCUCCAGGAGGAGCACCGGCGGCACCUGGCCACUUGCAGGCUGCUGCUUCAGCAGCAGGCUGCCCUGUCCGCACCGCCGGGGAAGGGGCAAGAAAUCGCCCAGCGUGAAAAGUCUGAAAAUGAAAAUUCAAGAAGCAUCAGGACUUCCUUGGAAACAAGAAAGAGCCUUUCAACUGAUCCACGCAGUGUUGAGGGUGAAGCUCCUGGAAGUGAAACUGGCACAUCCCUGGAUAGUUCAUCUGCUUAUCAUCAAGGAACUAUAACUCACAGUUCAGCUCUAAGUCCAGAUCAUUAUGACCAUUCUCCAUAUGGUCUAUAUUCUGUCUCCCCUGGACAGCAAAGGCCUCGGAGGCCGAAGCUUCAGCACUCAACGUCAAUAUUAAGAAAACAAGCAGAAGAAGAAGCUAUUAAAAGGUCACGGUCCCUCUCAGAAAGCUAUGAACUCUCAUCUGACUUGCAGGAUAAACAGGUUGAAAUGCUAGAACGAAAAUAUGGAGGCCGUCUCAUAACUAGACAUGCUGCUCGUACUAUACAGACUGCUUUCCGCCAGUAUCAGAUGAACAAAAACUUUGAGCGGCUUAGAAGUUCUAUGUCUGAAAAUCGUAUGUCAAGACGCAUUGUACUAUCCAAUAUGAGAAUGCAGUUUUCAUUUGAAGGACCUGAGAAAGUUCACAGUUCCUACUUUGAGGGGAAGCAAGUUUCUGUUACAAAUGAUGGAUCAAAAAUAGGAGCCCUUGUCCAGUCUGGAUGUAAUGAUCUUGCUGAAUCAGCUACAAUGAAAUCUCCAGCGGCUUCCACGGACUUUGCUGAUGCCAUAACAGAAUUGGAGGAUGCUUUUUCGAGACAAGUAAAAUCUCUUGCAGAAUCCAUUGAUGAUGCAUUAAACUGUCGUAGUUUGCACUCUGAUGAGGUACAGGUACCUGAACAAAUCAGAAGUCGUGAAAUAGAAAGAGAUAGCUGUGGUCCAACUAAAUCAACAAGCCAUAAUGUUGAUCAUAGGAAACUUGAUGAAAUGACUGCAUCCUACAGUGACGUUACAUUAUAUAUCGAUGAGGAAGAAUUAUCCCCACCACUUCCUCUUUCUCAUCCUAUAGAAAGACCAUCGAGCACAGAAUCUGACUUGAGACUUAGAUCAAUAAACCCUUCUCAAGAAUACUGGUCUAUGACACAUAAAGACCAUAAAAUAGACACCGACACUAGUUGUAGGAGUACCCCUUCAUUGGAAUCCCAAGAACAGAGAAUGAGGAUGGAUCAUCUUCCUUUGCUAACCAUAGAACCACCCAGUGACAGUUCAGUCGAUUUAAGUGACCGUUCUGAAAGAGGAUCACUGACGAGGCAAAAUGCCUAUGAUCGGGGAAUUAGUAGUCAGCAAGGUAGUCCAAAACACAUAUCACAUGGUCUCCCCAGCAAAGUAAUAUCCCGAGAAGAUCCAGAAACUAGGCAUAGACCUAGGCCUAUUGACAGCCACUUGGCUAUUAAUGGUACAGCUAACAGGCAAAGCAAAUCUGAAUCGGAUUAUUCUGAUGGAGAUAAUGAUAGCAUCAACAGCACUUCCAAUUCUAAUGACACAAUAAACUGCAGCUCAGAAUCAUCUUCUCGAGACAGCUUAAGGGAACAAACUUUGAGCAAGCAAACAUACCACAAAGAAACUCGGAAUAGUUGGGAUUCUCCUGCCUUCAGUAAUGAUAUCAUCAGGAAACGUCACUAUAGAAUUGGACUGAAUCUUUUUAAUAAAAAACCAGAAAAAGGAAUCCAGUAUCUGAUCGACAGAGGUUUUGUGCCAGAUACGCCUGUUGGAGUUGCCCAUUUCCUCUUACAGAGAAAAGGUCUCAGCAGACAAAUGAUUGGAGAGUUCCUGGGAAACAGACAAAAGCAAUUUAACAGGGAUGUUUUAGACUGUGUUGUGGAUGAGAUGGACUUUUCAGCUAUGGAACUGGAUGAAGCUCUCAGGAAAUUUCAAGCUCAUAUCCGUGUCCAAGGAGAAGCUCAGAAAGUAGAACGACUCAUUGAAGCUUUUAGCCAGAGAUACUGCAUCUGCAAUCCAGGGGUUGUAAGGCAGUUCAGAAAUCCUGACACCAUCUUCAUUCUUGCCUUUGCGAUAAUAUUAUUAAAUACAGAUAUGUAUAGUCCAAAUGUAAAACCAGAACGUAAAAUGAAGCUCGAAGAUUUUGUCAAAAAUCUAAGAGGUGUAGAUGAUGGUGAAGAUAUUCCACGAGAAAUGCUCAUUGGAAUAUAUGAGAGAAUCCGAAAACGGGAACUCAAGACCAAUGAGGAUCAUGUGUCACAGGUCCAAAAGGUUGAAAAGCUCAUAGUAGGAAAAAAGCCAAUUGGAUCUUUACAUCAUGGGCUUGGUUGUGUUCUGUCUCUCCCACAUCGGCGACUUGUUUGUUACUGUAGGCUUUUUGAAGUUCCAGAUCCAAAUAAACCUCAGAAGCUUGGAUUACAUCAGCGAGAAAUAUUUUUAUUUAAUGAUCUCCUUGUGGUCACUAAAAUUUUUCAAAAGAAGAAAAAUUCAGUUACAUAUAGUUUUCGACAGUCCUUUACCCUCUAUGGAAUGCAAGUUCUCCUUUUUGAGAAUCAGUAUUAUCCAAAUGGCAUACGACUGACAUCAGCUGUUCCAGGAGCAGAUAUCAAAGUUUUAAUAAAUUUCAAUGCUCCAAAUCCCCAGGACAGAAAGAAAUUUACAGAUGAUCUGAGGGAAUCUGUUGCAGAAGUACAAGAAAUGGAAAAACACAGAAUAGAGUGUAAGUACAAAGCUGAAUUAGAAAAACAGAAAGGUGUAGUGCGACCAAACAUGUCUCAGUGCUCUAGCCUGAAAAAAGAGUCUGGCAAUGGAACGUUGAACCGGGCCUGCCUGGAUGACAGCUAUGCCACAGGGGAAGGCCUCAAAAGGAGCGCUCUUAGCAGCUCCCUUAGAGAUCUUUCUGAAGCUGGCAAGCGUGGGCGUCGCAGCAGUGCAGGAUCGCUAGACAGCAAUAUGGAAGGGUCCAUCAUUAACAGUCCUCAUAUGCGCCGAAGAGCUACAUCAACCCGAGAGUGUCCAUCUCGCCCUCACCAGACUAUGCCUAAUUCUUCCUCACUACUAGGGUCCUUAUUUGGUAGUAAGCGAGGAAAGCCUUCCCAAGGCCAUUUAGUAUCCGGCCCACCACUGCCACCUCAGCACCCUCCCAUAAUGUCACACUCGCAGCACUCUCAACAUCCUCCUGCCAUGCACCACCCGGGUCCAGCUGAAGGGCAGACCCAGGCACAAGUGCACAGCCAUCACUCUCAGUACUGCCAUAUGCAGAAUCCGCCUCCUUAUCACCAUCACCAUCACUAUCAUCCGCCCCAGCACAUCCAGCAUCCGCACCAGUACCAUCAUGGGCCACACUCGCAGCAUGUAGCUCAUGCCCAGCAUUCGUACCUGCCACAUUCCCACACCCCAUAUUCCCACGCUCCCCAUCCUCCCUUGCCCCCUCAUUUGGCACAUCCUUCCCAUGCUUCCCAUCACCAUGCACAGCCAGUAGCCCCUCCUACUUCAGCCAGCACGAAGUCCAAGCAUAGCGGCAUCAGCACAAUAGUCUAGAAGCCAGCCAGCCAUCCAGCCACAGCUGUAGCUCUAGGCCUAGAUGUAAAAGCACUUACAGGAAACAGAAGCAGCCUAUAAUUCUGGUUAUUUUUUUAAUUUAUUUUAAAAGAUCCAAACCAGAAGCAACUUAAUUGACUCCUUUGCCUUAAGGAUUCAAUGCAUAUUAACCUCACAGUGCUGGUCUUACAGUUCGGUGGUGACCUUUUCCCUCCUUUUUCUCUAGUAGCCUUGAAAAUAUGCUGCUUGCUGAAAACGUUAAGCUACCUUUUUUCAUCCGCAUGACCAUUUUUAACAAGUAAUGAAAACAUAACUUACUCAAAAUAAAAGGAAAACUAUGAAAUAAAAUUAAUGUGGCAUUCUUGCUCUUUAAUUUACAAUGGGCAAAAAAAGUAGACCUCAUAUGGUUGAUGAAAAUACGUAAGUAAACUCUAUGUAAUAUAAAUAUAUAAAUAUAGA